AUGCAUGGGGCUGCGCCUAGUGGUUCUAUCACGCCGGUGGUUGCCUUUUCCUCCUGUGGCGGUGCUCUACAAGUCUCAUGGUCAUCCAAGUAUCAUCCCGAUGUCUGCAAAGAAGGCAACUGUGGCGAACAAUUUCAUCAAAUUUACGAAGCAUAUGAUUUUGUGAUGAGUCAUUUGAGGGAUGUCGAGAACGAUAAUGUGGUGGGGCUCAAUGAGUCGAAGGGAGAUAUGUACGACGUGUAUGAUGAUUGGGAAGAUGAGAUGGGGGGUUAUGAAGCAGGUGCAAAUUACUCUUCCUACUACUCCCCUUUCUACUCCUAUGCUUGA